GGAGGCGCGCAGAGUGCAAAGUGGAGACGAGAGGAGGGAGGACCGCGAGGGAGGCCCCGCCCCCGCCUCUGAGAGCCGGCUCCUUGCCGCCUCCAAACCCGCUCACUUUGCCUCUCGCUUCUGGACGGCCGCGGGGCGGCUGCUGAGCCACGGUUCUAGAGAGCGCCGGGGACUGGGGAGCGAUCCCACACCGGAGCCUUUUUGCUGCACCUGCGCCCCUCAGAGGGAACGGCAUCGCAACCUUGUAGAGGCACCCCAGCUUCGGAGGGGUCAUCCCCUGGGCGCGAGGGACUGUGGCACUGACACAGCCUCCUUCUCUGCCAGUGGGGCGCAGCGCUGGCUCCGGAGGGGACUCCUUGGCUACCCACAAGUACCGUCACGCGGAGGGCGGGUAGCUAGCAGCGAGGCUGGACUGCUAAGGAGGUUAGAACUCGGAGGGGCUUCCGGGUCAGGGCAAGGCAAGAGCGAAGCCCCGAGGGAGAGGGGCCUGAGAGCCCCGACAGUGCGCUCUCCGGGCUACAAACAGCAGACAGCCCCCGUGCGGCGGCCGGGGGGCGGCGGCAGUGCCUCUGGGCCGAGGGGCCCCGGGGCGGCCAGCCAUGACCUUCGGGCGCAGCAGGACCUCCUCGGUGGUGUUGAACGUGGGUGGCGCCCGCUACUCACUGUCCCGGGAGCUGCUGAAGGACUUCCCGCUGCGCCGCGUGAGCCGUCUGCACGGCUGCCGCUCAGAGCGCGACGUGCUCGAGGUGUGCGACGAUUACGACCGUGAGCGCAACGAGUACUUCUUCGACAGGCACUCUGAGGCCUUCGGCUUCAUCCUGCUCUACGUGCGCGGCCACGGCAAGCUCCGCUUCGCGCCGCGGAUGUGCGAGCUGUCCUUCUACAACGAAAUGAUCUACUGGGGUCUGGAAGGUGCCCACCUCGAAUACUGCUGCCAGCGCCGCCUCGACGACCGCAUGUCCGACACCUACACCUUCUACUCGGCAGACGAGCUGGGCCGCGACGAGACGAGACCCAGCGGCGCCGAGGCAGCCCCCUCCAGACGCUGGCUGGAGCGCAUGCGGCGGACCUUCGAGGAGCCCACGUCGUCGCUGGCAGCGCAAAUCCUGGCCAGCGUGUCGGUGGUGUUCGUGAUCGUGUCCAUGGUGGUGCUGUGCGCCAGCACGCUGCCAGACUGGCGCGCGGCGGCCGCCGAUAACCGCAGCUUGGAUGACCGGAGCAGGUACUCUGCCGGCCCUGGGAGGGAGCCCUCCGGGAUAAUUGAAGCUAUCUGCAUAGGCUGGUUCACUGCAGAGUGCAUCGUGAGGUUCAUCGUCUCCAAAAACAAGUGUGAGUUUGUCAAGAGACCCCUGAACAUCAUUGAUUUACUGGCAAUCACACCGUAUUACAUCUCCGUGUUAAUGACAGUGUUUACAGGCGAGAACUCUCAACUCCAGAGGGCUGGAGUCACCUUGAGGGUGCUUAGAAUGAUGAGGAUUUUUUGGGUGAUUAAGCUUGCCCGUCACUUCAUUGGUCUUCAGACACUGGGUUUGACUCUCAAAAGAUGUUACCGAGAGAUGGUUAUGUUACUUGUCUUCAUUUGUGUUGCCAUGGCAAUCUUUAGUGCACUUUCUCAGCUUCUUGAACAUGGGUUGGACCUGGAAACAUCCAACAAGGACUUCGCCAGCAUCCCCGCUGCCUGCUGGUGGGUGAUUAUCUCUAUGACUACAGUUGGCUAUGGAGAUAUGUAUCCUAUCACAGUGCCUGGAAGAAUUCUUGGAGGAGUUUGUGUUGUCAGUGGAAUUGUUCUAUUGGCAUUACCUAUCACUUUUAUAUACCAUAGCUUUGUGCAAUGUUAUCAUGAGCUUAAGUUUAGAUCAGCUAGGUAUAGUAGGAGCCUCUCCACUGAGUUCCUGAAUUAAUGCAUUGCAAAUCAACUCUUGCAUUCACUCCAUUUGGUAAAAAGA